AUGGAGAAUAACUCUGAGAUCGUGUUUGUGCUUCAGGGUCUGAACGACUCUGACACUAACCGUCAGAUCUACUUCGCCCUCGCACUCGUGUCCUACCUGUUCACCAUCUUCGUGAACGUGACGCUCAUCGUCACCGUGUGUCUGGAGAAGACGCUGCACGAGCCCAUCUACCUGUUCCUAUGUAACCUGUGUGUGAACGGCAUCUGCGGCGCGUCCAGCUUCUACCCGAAGCUGCUCCAUGACCUCCUGGCCGACUCCCACGUCAUCACGUACACCGGCUGCUUAACGCAGAUAUUUGUAGUCUACAGUUAUGUGUUCUGUGAGUUCACCAGUCUGACCGUAAUGGCCUACGACCGCUACAUGGCCAUCUGCAGGCCGCUGCAGUACCGCGCUGUGAUGACGGCGCAGAGGGUGGCGCAGCUGCUGCUGCUCACCUGGGGCUUCUCGCUGCUGGAGACCGUGGUGGGCGUCAGCUUCACCGCCACGCUGCCGCUCUGCGGCCACCACGUCCGCAAGCUCUUCUGCACCAACUGGGAGGUGGUGAAGCUGUCCUGCUCCGACACUACCGUCAACAACAUCUACGGCUUCGUGCUCAUGUUCUCACACGUGUCGCAGACCGGACUCAUCGUGGUCUCCUAUGUGCACCUGGUCCGCUCCUCGCUCCGGUCGCGCUCUGACCGCAGAAAGUUUGUUCAGACGUGUUUGCCGCACCUCGUCACGCUCCUCGUCUUCACCAUCUCUCUGGUGUUUGACUCCAUGUACUCCCGCUACGGCAGCAGCAGCGCGCUGCAGGCGCUGCAGAACAUGCUGGCGGCAGAGUUCCUGGUGGUCCCGCCGCUCAUAAACCCCAUCAUCUAUGGCAUCAACCUGCAGCAGAUCAGGUCCAGGAUCCUCCAGAAUUUCAGCCACAAAUCAGAGGCCGUAAAACCACAUUCAUGA